AUGAGCCAUUCCAAGGUGCUCGCCAAGGCGGCGCAUAGCCUCGAAGAGUCGCAGAAUCAGCGCGACGCGCGGGUAGAACAGCUCUGGAGAGAGCUCGAACCAAACGCCGCUGGCGAACUCGACUUCAGAGGACUGAAAAAGGGGUUUCGCAAGAUUGAUCAUCCGAUGAAAAAUGCCGACAACAUGUUGAAGAAGAUCCUCGACGAGGUGGACACAAAUAACGACGGAAAGAUUCAAUAUGAAGAGUUCCGAGCCUUUGUCCAGAGAGCUGAUGACCAGCUAUUCACACUCUUCACCCACAUUGACAAGGACGGCAAUGGGAGACUCAACCAGCAAUCGCUGCAGGCUGCUUUCCGCACUGCCGGCCUGACCGUCUCUAAUAAAAGACUGGACGACUUCUUCAACGACAUGGACCAUAACAACGACGGCUACGUCACAUUCAAUGAGUGGAGCAGAACAGACUUCUUCCGCAAAGCCGAUCAUCUCAAGAGACUGUCUACUUCAACAAGACGGACACGUGAAACAAUAGCUGAUAACGGCGAUCCCAACCACAGAGACUUCCUCCUCUUCAUGCCCGCUCGCGAACACGACUCGCAUCUGAAAGCAGUACUAUCCUUCUAUCUAUCGGUCGUCAAUGUCACGGCCGAAGGGGAUUCAUUCGUCAGCGACGAUACUCUGGAAGGCUUAGGUACGACAGGCUCCUCUGAAUCUCUCUUCCAGUCUCUCUUCGGCUCUCUUGUCAGAGUCGCCUUCCCUUUCGGGCUCCGGACGACACCAGAGUCAUCGGGAACAUCACCAUCAGUGGCCUCGUCCACGAAGACAACAACAACAUCAGAUAGAACUGGUCUGGGGGCGGCAGAAGUCUCCACCUCCACCUCAACGUCCCGCAAGAUGGCCCCCCCGUCUUCUCUGGGGUCGGCAGCACCGCCGGUAGCGGUCGCCGGCGCCGGGGCGGCCUCGUCGCGGCAGUACCAGGGCCAGAAGGCAGUGGCGGCGGUGGCACAAGACGCCGGCGACAGCACCAGCACCAGCACACACCAAGAAAUCUCCUCUGAAACGCAGCAGGGGGCUAAGAAGAAGUACUCACUGACCGACUUUGCCCCCGAUCCAGGUUACUUCCUAGCAGGUGCCAUCGCCGGCGGUGUCUCGCGGACGGCCACUGCCCCCCUCGACCGACUAAAGGUCUACCUACUCGUCAACACAAGCGAACCAAAAAACGCAACGGCCACCGCCGAAUCGCUGAAGAAGGGACGUUUCACUUCAGCCACAAAGAGUGCCACAAAGCCCAUCGGGACUGCUGUUCGCGAAAUCUACAGGUCCGGUGGUAUCCCUGGUUUCUUUGCCGGCAACGGUCUCAAUGUCAUCAAGAUCAUGCCCGAGACCGCCAUAAAAUUUGGCUCGUAUGAGGCGGCCAAGCGAGCUUGCGCCAAUUUCGAGGGUCACGGCGAUCCGAGUAAGAUUAGCUCCUAUUCGAAAUUCACAGCCGGUGGACUUGCUGGCAUGGUAGCACAAUUCUGCGUAUACCCAGUCGACACACUCAAAUUCCGCCUGCAAUGCGAGACAGUUCAGGGCGGCCUCAAGGGCAGCGCACUGGUGCGCCAGACGGCCAUCAAGAUGUACAGCGAUGGCGGGCUGCGUGCAUGCUACCGCGGCGUGACCAUGGGCUUGGUGGGCAUGUUCCCCUACAGCGCCAUCGACAUGGGCAUGUUUGAGCUUCUCAAGAAGACGUACCGAAGAUGGUACGCGACCUAUGCCGGCGUGCACGAGGACGACGCCAACCCUGGCAACCUGGUGACGGGGGCGAUCGGCGCCACCUCUGGCGCGAUCGGCGCGUCGGUGGUGUACCCGCUCAACGUGGUCCGGACCAGGCUACAGACCCAGGGUACGGCCAUGCACUCGGCCACAUACACGGGCGUAUGGGAUGUGACACAAAAGACGAUACAGCGCGAGGGUUACCGCGGCUUCUACAAGGGUCUCACGCCAAAUCUGCUCAAGGUGGCACCCGCCUUGAGUAUAACCUGGGUCGUGUACGAGAAUUCGAAGACGAUGCUUGGAUUGUCAUAG